AUGGCACCAAGCCACAUCCGCGUCGCCCAGCCAGAAGCCACUUCUUUGCGCGACAAGUCGAGGCUGGGGGAUUUGUCGAUUGAAAUCUUACAGCACAUUUUCACUUUCGUGGACCCCAUCUCCUUGGGGCGCUUGAUCCGUGUCAACCGCUCCUUCCGCUCGCUCAUUGACCCUGCAGUAUCAUUACCGCAGGCAUCCGGCCAGGUUAAGCACUUAACCAUUCGGAGCCAGGACUUGAUAUGGACCAUAUCACGGAAGACCUUUAUCCAAGGAUUUCCAAAACCAAUGAAUGCGAUGAAUGAAAUAGAGAUGUGGAGGCUCGCGCUUGGGCGACGCUGCCAAUACUGCAAUCGGAAGGCCAGGCAAGGAGAACCAUCUCUUCCAAGACUGUCGCCCUGGAAUGCCGGUCCGGGAAUGGAAAACGUUCGCACAAUAUGGCCGUUUCGCGUUAGGUGUUGUGGUAAGUGUCUAGAGCCGCGAUUGAUCAAGGAGACUGAUCUGCUUAUCUCGGGCUCGUCUGCGCUACUGCCAGGCCUGCCUUUUGCAAUCUUCACACCUUCCCUGGAUUAUGUGCCAUCCUUAACUUUGCGACAGAUGUCUCCUCCUUCUGGCCUCCAACUCACCAAGUUUUACUUCAAGCCUCAACUAGAAGAACUUCAACGCAGGCGAGAUAGUACUCGAGCAUUUGGAAUCGCCGCCUUAGAAGAAUGGUACAAAGGUCUUGAGGACUCAGGCCAACAGCACAAUGCCAGUGCGACUCGAUUCGACCAGUGGGAGCUCCAGGGACCCUUGUGGAAGACCUUUCCACACGAGCCAAAAAAUACCUCCGACAACGCCUUCUUCUCUCCUGGAAUAAAUACGAACCAAGUAGAAAGGGUGUUGCCACCUCAAUUUACCCAGCAAGAUGAUCUUCCAAUCCUCUCACUUGACGACAACUCUCCUGGUUCGCUCAAUAUGGGUUCCGUUCGAUAUGGUAAGUAA